CCUAGCAGUACGCAAACCAACGGCAACAGCGACACCACUGCAAGAUGGCAGGUUCGCAGCUCAAGAGGCUGAAAGCCUCGCUGAGAGAGCAAGGAGUCAUUGGGCCCCAGAAGUCCAAGAAGCAGCGCAAGCAGGAAGCUCAGGGUGGCAACGGUACCGUCGCUAAUCGCCACAGCAAGAAUGCCCAGCUCGCUGGACUUCGUGAGCAGUUCAACCCGUUCGAUCUGAAGCAUAAUGUCCGCGGCCCCAAGUUCGACGUCACUACGAACCGAGCACCGAUUGGAAAUGCUGCGAAAGGCAUCCACGGAAGGCCUAGCGAGGCAAAAGCCCUGGGCGAGGAGCGACGCCGACAAACACUGUUGGUGGAGAUGAACAGGCGCAACAAGGUCGGAGGGAUCGAGGACAAGCGUUUCGGAGAGAAUGACCCCACGUUGGCACCAGAGGACAAAAUGCUGGAGCGUUUCGCACGUGAAAAGCAACGAUCCCACAAGAGAGGAUCGAUGUUCGACCUCGAAGACGACGAUGAACCUACCUUUGGACUUACUCACAUGGGCAAGUCCCUUUCUCUCGACGGGCCGGCUCUCGUAGACGACUUCAAUGAGGAUGACCUCGAGGGUCUGUCUGACGAGGACGGCUCAGAUAAUGGCCGCGCAGCUCUGAAGCGCAUGCGAGAGCUUGACACCUUUAAUGGAGAUGACGGACAGCCCGAGAGGAAAAAAUCGAAACAGGAGGUCAUGAAAGAGCUCAUCGCAAAGUCUAAAGCCUACAAGCACCAACGCCAGGAAGCCAAGGAUGCCGACGAAGAUCUACGAGAAGAGCUCGAUAAGGAGCUCCCGGACCUACAUGCUCUUUUAUUCCAGUCUCGUUCGAAGGAUACGAAAGCCACCACAGACGGCCUCGCGCCAGACACCGCAGCUCAGCAGAUGGAGAAAUUGGAGCGCGAUUACGACAUGAGACUGAGACAGCUGGCACAAGAUCGCAAAGCGCAACCGACAGAGCGGACAAAGACGGAAGAGGAGCAGGCGGAGGAGGAAUCGAAGAGACUCAAACAAUUGGAAGAGAAGCGGAUGCGGCGGAUGCAAGGAGAAGACGACAGCGAAAGUGAAAACGAGAACGACCAGCCGGAUGUCGACACCACAAAUGGGCCCAUCAUUUUCCAGGAAAACGAGGAAGAGGAUGACUUUGGACUGGGCAGCGGAAUCAAGACGCGCCCAACCGCUGCGGAGUUAGGCUUCGACGACGAAGAUGAUUUCCUCAUCGAGGACGAUCUAGUGGCCAGCGGAUCAGAACUGGAUGUCGACAGUGACGAGGACAUUGAGGACGAAUCGAUGGGCGCGGAUGAUGACAGCGCGUCAGACUCCCAGGAAGAGGAAGACGACGACGAGUUUACCAAGGGGCUGCUCAACGACGAAGAAACGAACAACCCCGUGUUCAGCAGUCGGCUAAACGGAACUGACCAGACCGCCGAAGCCGUCGAUGAUGCUCGUGGCAUCCCUUACACAUUCGCCUGCCCAGAAACCCAUGCCGACUUGUGUUCGAUAACAGAGAACAUUCCAGCCGAACAUCUCCCAGUUGUCGUGCAAAGGAUAAGAGCCCUCUACCAUCCAAAGCUCAAUGCCGACAACAAGGCUAAGCUUGGGAAGUUUUCGGUGGCUCUGGUGCAGCACCUUGCUCACCUCGGAAACCUGCCCUCGCCACCUCCAUUCAGCGUCCUUGAGAGCUUAACGCGGCACUUGCACUCUCUCGCAAAGACAUAUGCUUUGGAAAUCGCGACCGCCUUCCGCCAGCACCUUGAAGAGAUGGGACAGUCGAGGGCGUUGAGCCCUCUGCUUGGUGACCUCGUCGUGCUUACAGCGAUAGGGACAAUCUUCCCUACAUCAGACCACUUCCACCAAGUAGCAACCCCAGCGAUGCUCUCAAUCGCCCGCUAUCUUGGUCAAAAGGUACCAAAAGAAUUAACAGAUCUGACAAGAGGCACAUACAUGUCAACAUUGGCACUGCAAUACCAGAAAGUGGCCAAAAGAUAUGUGCCUGAGGUCAUGAACUUCAGCUUCAACACGCUUUGCGCACUUGCGCCGAUAAGAGCCAAGGCCUUGCUUGUCCCGUCACCUCUACAUGAGAUGUCAUCGGAGAUGCGCAUCUUGCAGGUCAAGAACGUUAGUGUCAGGUCACUACGGCCAACGGAUUGCGUGGAGACGCAGAAGAGCGAUAUUGCUGCUACAGGCGUGGCGAUUGUAUGCACAACACUUAAGAUUCUUGAUGCCGCAGCCGACCUGUGGACCGGCAAAGCCGCAUUCCUCGAGUCAUUCACACCAGUGACACGCGUCCUCGGGCACUACGGCUCCAAGACUUGCCGCGCAGAGCUUCCUACAGCGCUUAAUGACGCCGUCGAAAAGCUGAAGACCAAGUUGGAGCGCAUGCUGCGCCUGGCGCAAAUGGCGCGACGACCGCUUGAGCUGCACCACCACAAGCCGCUGGCAAUCAAGACGGCGAUCCCCAAGUUUGAGGAUUCGUUCGAUCCAACCAAGCACUACGACCCGGAUCGGGAGCGUGCGGAGCUGGCGAAGCUCAAGAAGGAGCACAAGCGCGAGCGCAAGGGCGCGUUGCGGGAGCUGCGCAAGGAUGCCAACUUCAUGGCGCGCGAGAAGCUGCGGGUCAAGAAGGUCAAGGACGCCGCGUACGAGAAGAAAUAUCGGCGACUUGUGGCGGAGAUCCAAGGCGAGGAGGGUCGCGAGGCAAACCAGUACGAGCGGGAGAAGGAGAUGCGAAAGCGAGCCAACAAAAAGCGGUAAUCGUGGCCACGGCCACAGCGCAAAAGGUGGAAAGUGGCCGCUGUCGUACAUGUGUGUUCACUACAGCGGAGAUACCAGUCAUGAUAGAGAGUUCAAAAGCAUUCGAUGGUCUGUCGACUUUCUUCUUGAUUCCGUGUGCCGCUAUCUGGACCAUCUUAGACACGCUAUGGUUAGACUCUGGCUUUGUGACACCGAAUGAUCCACCAUCACAUGCGCCAACCACCCACACAACCACAUGGGACGAAUUAGCU